AUGCUUGCGUUUUUUCGUUCGAGUGGAGGACACGGCCCUAUUUCAGAGUCUGACGAGUUUGGCAAACAGUACGCAGCGCUACGCAACCACGGAACCCUGAGAAAACCGAUUUCCAACCCAUCCUUCGGGUCACCUGGGUCAACCGUUCUUGAAAAAAUCCCCAUUUCUCCCAUAUUCAAUCAGUGGAUAACGGAGAUUUCCCAACUCUUCGGUGGAUUGGAUAUGUGCGCUGUUAAGGCCUUGCAGGAUGCAAACGGUGACUACUAUAUUCAAGACGUUUAUGGAUCUGAUUUCCUCCUGUUGGGUGAUGGACAGGAAGAAGAUCGGGCAAGGAUAGCUGAACUCCUUAUUCAGAAGAUGGAAUACGUGCACAAAACUUUAACUGGUGCAUCAAGAAGAAUAUCUCAGUCUCAAUUAUCUUCUGGGUCGCAAUCCGUCUUCAGUCCCUCGAAUCCACCUCAAGAUCAAGUGGUGAAGACUGCAUUCGGUCAAGCACGUUCGCAAACUACCCAACAACCACCUAGCAGCAUGCAAGAUCAACAAAUGAGACUAGCGCAGACGCAACAAUCUUCUUUCGGAAUGCAGGACCUGCCGUCCAGGCCGCAACCACCUCGUCAACCAUCGCUAUCAGAUCAACAGAGACCUCAAAAACCACCUGCUCCAAAUACUACUGGUUCUUCUGCUUCACAGAACAGCGGACAACAGAAUGUGUCAGGUGGUUCAAUGGAUUUCGGGCAGUCUCGUCCGCUACUUCAAACUCAACAAAAGGCCCAAUCAAUAUUUGAUUCACCAUCACAGGCUUCAAGAAACGAGUUUUCUAGUCGAGAUUCAUUUGAUCGAUCUAAAAUUACUCCAACAAUGAACGCUUCAAUGGACUUUUCUAGUACACCUUCUCAAUCAAGUAGAAUGAACUUUGGACGAGACAAUGAGGAUACCUUUGGUGUUGGUUCAACGACCAGUUCAACAGCUGGCAUGCUACGUUCAAAUACGGAGGGAAAAACUCCUGAUCCAUGGUCGACUGGCCCAAGCCGUACAGUUAGAGAACCAUCCUUAGACGGCACAGGAAGAAAGAAGGAGGCUGCUCCUCAACCACCAAGACAACCCUCUUUAACAAACAGCUUUGAAAAUCGGAAUUUUGACACUUUCGGCGGCAGCUCGGGGUCGAGUGCCUCUGUGACAAGUACAAAUAUCUUUGAUCCUUCAGCUAAUAUCUUCCAACCACAAACCCAGAGCAAACCAUCUUCAGCAAUGAGCACAUUCCAGAGUCACUCGCAGGGGGGAAUGGACGCUGGCGAUUCCAUGAACUUCAACUCACCCUCCAUGGAUUUCGGUCAAUCAUCGAGCAAGCCACAGCAUAAUGAUCCAUGGAGUGUUCCACAAUCUCAACUUCCAUUUGGUCAGACAUCUCAGUUCUCGUCAGCUUCCAAUACUUCCAUGUCAGGCACAAGUUCUACUGCUCCACGACCUAGACCAACCACUCAACAAUCAUCUGGUAAUCCAGACGAUGGCGAGGACACCAUGAAGAAUCUGCGAAAGACUUUUGCUGGCAUAUUUGGCGAUAUAUAG